CCAGAGUAUUGGAGCUGGUGAACUUUCAGUACUCAGAGCAGCCUGAGCGGGGAGUUACAGUACAAUCCUUAUUAAACACGUUAGUGCUCUCAGUCCUCUCUCUCUCUCUUAACACUCACACACACUCUCUCACAGAGCAAGCGUGAACAGGUGGGCUCUCACAGCAAAGCAGUGUCACCUAUGGACGCGUAAUGAGGAUCAGCGCGCGCUGGAGGACUCUGCGUCUGGAGGAUAUGUCUUUUUCAUGGCUGAGGCUUUGUGAGCGUCAGGAACACUGACCGGCUACACUGUAACUCGGCGCGGUGUUUUUUUAGUCCUUGUUGCUGUUCUUCUGCGCGUUAAAAUGAAAGUGACGGUGUGUUUCGGAAGGACCCGGGUGGUCGUACCGUGCGGGGACGGCAACAUUAAAGUCCGGAACCUUAUUCAGCAGGCCAUCAUGAGAUACAGGAAAGCCAUAGCGAAGGACCCAGCCUAUUGGAUCCAGGUUCACCGGUUGGAGCACGGUGAUGGCGGCAUCCUGGACCUGGACGAUGUGUUAUGUGACGUUGCUGAUGACAAAGAUAGGCUUGUGGCGGUGUAUGAUGAGCAGGACCCUCAUCAUGGAGGAGACGGUACGAGCGCGAGCUCCACAGGCAGCCAGAGUCCAGACGUGUUCAGCAGGGGAGAGCUCAGCUCCGGCACACCAUCUGCCUUCCAGCCGUACCAGAACAGCAGCGAGAUCGAGGUCACACCGUUGGCCCUGCGCACUAACAUGCAUCUGCAAGUGAGGCGCAGUAGCGAUCCGGCUCUUGUGGUUUUGCCAGAGACUCCACUCCAACCAGAGGAGCCUUCCAGGAAGAACCCGACACGCUGGUCCACCACGGCUGGAUUCCUCAAAUCCAACGUCACCAGUGGUACCAACAGCUUGGAGCGCAAGGUGAAGGGACCAGCUGGGUACCGUAGUCUUCCUCGGGACACAGCAGCAUGGGCCAACCAGUUCCACCGAGAAGGUGCACGCUCAUCCCUCAGUGCCAACCAUCCAAUGGUGGACCGCUGGCUUGAGCGCCAAGAGCAGGAUGAAGAGGAGGACGAGAGGAGGAGAGACGAAGGCAAGAACGGGCGAAUAGAACCGGUGGGCCGAGCGGACUCCAUCUCUCUAGAUGACCUGCUCAAACCGGUGGAAGUGUCGAAUGGCGGCGGGCCGCUGGGAAUCCACGUAGUGCCCUUCAGCUCCAGAGACAGAAGGACGCUGGGGCUGCUGGUGAAGAGGUUGGAGAGAGGAGGAAAGGCAGAGCGCGAGAGUCUCUUUCAGGAAAAUGACUGCAUCGUGCGCAUUAAUAACAGCGACCUGCGCAACAUCCGAUUCGAACAAGCACAGGACUUAUUUAGGCAGGCCAUGCGUUCCUCGUUCAUCCUGUUCCAUGUGGUUCCAGCAUUGAGGAAAGUACAGUAUGAGCAGUUCUCCCAGAGUGAGCUUAGUGUCCAGCCUGGCGUUGGAGCUCCCGGCGCUGGAGUUCCUGGUACUGGAGGUCCUGGUCCCAGUCCCCGAGGUCCUGGUCCUGGUCCCAAACAUCUAUCCGCUGACUCCAAACCUGGUCCUGGUCCUGGUCCUAGCCGACUAUCUCCUGAACCCAAACCUGGUGAAAGGGGUAGUGUAGUGGUCGGAGGCAUCGAUUACAGUCCUAAAAGACUGUCUAAGAGUGGACCGCAUCCUAACAUUAAUCACCAGACCCCGUCUUCCCAAAUAGAGCAAAACCAACCUUAUUCAGAAACAGCACCCAUCAUCAGUCCAGCCAGCAAGGCUUCCACAGGCUUCACCAAAAAGAUCGGUCGCAAGUUUAACGUCCAGCUCAGAAAAGGACCAGAAGGACUUGGCUUCAGUAUCACAUCACGUGACGUUCCCAUCGGAGGCUCCGCCCCAAUCUACGUGAAGAACAUCCUUCCUCGUGGAGCAGCCAUCCAAGAUGGCCAACUGAAAGCCAAUGACCGGCUUCUGGAGGUGAACGGGGUGGAUCUGAACGGGAAGACUCAGGAGGAGGUGGUGGCACUUCUCCGCUCCACUCCAAUGGGAGGCACUGUUAGUCUGCAGGUCGUCCGCCAGGAGGACACCUUCCUGCCUCGUGAAGUGAAAGCUGAAGAUGACGACUUGGUGCUUACUCCAGAUGGAACACGUGAGUUCUUGACCUUUGAGAUUCCUCUGAACGAUUCGGGUUCAGCGGGGCUUGGGGUGAGCGUAAAGGGUAACCGCUCGAAAGAGAACCACGCCGACCUGGGCAUCUUCGUUAAGUCCAUCAUUAACGGAGGAGCCGCCUGCAAGGACGGUCGCUUAAGAGUGAACGACCAGUUGAUAGCCGUGAAUGCAGAAUCGCUGCUGGGAAAGACCAACCAGGAAGCAAUGGAGACUCUACGCAAGUCCAUGUCUGUCGAGGGCAACAAACGAGGCAUGAUCCAACUCAUUGUGGCCAGGAUGGUGAGCGGGAGGAAUGAGGACGGAGCAAGAAGUCCAUCAGUGUCCGAGGUGUCACUGAACCGCUCUCUUGACGAUCAUGAGCGACGCAUCUCACACUCUAUGUACCCCGGAUCUGUCGAGGGCCUUGACGACCCAAUCAACACUCGCUCCAUCAUGGGCAGAAUGAUCGGUAACUACCAGCUGUCCCCCACUGUGAACAUGCCUCAGGAUGACACCGUCAUCAUCGAAGACGAUAGGCCACCUGUUCUUCCUCCUCUCCUGUCUGACCAAUCGUCUUCCAGCUCCCACGACGACAUGGGCUUUGUGAUGGAGCCACCUGUCUCCUGGGACAAAGAUAUUCAGAAUCAAGAUAAAAGCUCCAUGAGUCCUGACACAGACCCUGACGGUGCGUUUCAGAGGGAGGGCUUUGGCAGGCAGAGCAUGUCGGAGAAAAGAACCAAACAGUACGGAGACGCCACUCAAUAUGAAAUCAUCAAGACGCGCAAAUCCAAGAGCAUGGAUUUAGUAGCUGACGAGAUUAACCUCACACCCCGCCCAAACAGGACAGAAGGUAACUCCACAAGAGAUGUAGGACCCAAUCUGGGCCUAAAGAAGUCCAGCUCUCUGGAGAGUCUCCAGACAGCCGUGGCAGAGGUGACGCUCAACGGGGACGUCCCUUUCCACAGGCCUCGUCCCAGAAUCAUACGCGGACGGGGUUGCAACGAGAGCUUCCGUGCAGCUAUCGACAAAUCCUACGACAAACCUGGUAUGAACGUGGUGGGCGAUGAAGAGGAGGACGAAGGCAUGGAGACUCUGGAGGAGGACACAGAGGAAAGCUCACGCUCGGGGCGUGACUCCGUCUCCACGGCCAACGACGUGGCCUUACCUGCUGGAGCAGCUUACCAGGACGGCCAGGUGAACGGCGGACGGCCCAAAGACGAGCGGAAGAAGGAGAAAGGAGGGAAGGAAAAGAAGGAAAAGAACAAAGCCAAGAAAGGCGUGCUGAAGGGCCUAGGUGACAUGUUCAGGUUUGGCAAACACCGCAAAGACGAGAGAAUGGGGGACAAGAUGGAGCGCAAAGGCUCAAGCAAGAACAAAAUGGAUGAUAUGCAGGCCACAGAAGAGGAGAUGCAAAGGAUGCGUUUGGAGAGAGAGAGGAUCCAGGCCAAGACUAGGGAGCUGCGGGAGCGACAAGCCAGGGAGAGAGACUACGCCGAGAUUCAAGAUGUGAUCAGGACCUUCAGCUCAGAUGAGGAACACCCCUACGCAGGCAUCGGCUCGCUCGACUCCUCCAUGGACAGCAGCCAGAGCCUGAACCAGGAGCAUAGGCCACACAGUCCCAGAGAGCAUGGCCUAGAGAGCCUCUAUGCCCAAGUCAACAAGCCACGCAAUGAAGGACCACUGUCUUCAGAAAGCAACAGAUUGGCGCCUAGCAACCAUGACCGGAUACAGCGGCUGAGGCAGGAGUUUCAGCAGGCCAAGCAGGAUGAGGAGCCUGAUGAUCGCCGCCGUACUUACAGCCUUCAGCAGCAGCCAUGGGCAACUGCUGGGGGUUACAGUCAGACAGGACGGCAUUCGGUUUCUGUAGAUGUCCAGAUGCAGAAACAGAAACAAGAUGACCGAGAUGCCUUUACGCAAUCACAGAGACAGUACAACUCCUUACCAAGGCAACCACGUAAGAACCCCAGCAAUGUGUCUCAGGACUCCUGGGAUAAGGUCUACCCCCCUGGCGAGGUAUUCCAAUCAGCUAAAGAGAACCCACGUUACUCCAGCUACCAGGGAAACCGUGGUGCUAACGGCUACCUGAGUGGUCCAGCUCUGGGCCUGAACGCACGUGUGCUGCUGGAGACACAGGAGCUGCUAAGGCAGGAACAGAGGCGGAAAGAACAGGAGGCCCAGGCCAAGCUCAGUCCAAACAACUCACUGGUCCUGUCCUCAAUCCCCAAAGGGCCCUACAGGCAGGAUGUGCCACCUUCGCCCUCUCAACUCGCCCGCCUUAACCGACUUCAGAGCCCUGAAAAGGGCCGGCUGUUCUACUCCUGAAGCGAUGAGAGAGGUUGGAGUAGAAGAGCGAGACACACACUAUGAACUUUUCAGAAAACAUAGGGAUUUUGGUUGUUGACUCCUUUUUUUUUUUUUAACUUGUCAUGCACAUCACUAUUUUUUUAAUACACGAUUGUCCAGGCAUCCAACGUCUCCACAUGGUGUGUGCGGGUGAACGUUUUAGAAUGUGUGUCAUAGCACCGACUAGCAUCCUCACCGGUCCUGACAAUCAGAAAACAGCAAGUGGGUUUCCAGUUUUGCAUUCGUAUUACUACAGCGCUGUGACCUACAGAACUUAUUUCACCUGCCCCCCGGUUGUGAAUACGUUGAACUAAGUGUUGAGGAAAGCAGCAGGUAUGAGCGUCCUCUUUCUCUGAAUAGCAGAAAUAUUUUGAAUAUAUAUUUUUAUUUGAAUACUGCGCUAGCUGUCAAUAUAAAUAUAUAUAUAUAUAUAUACACACACACACACAAAUAGGUUACGUUCAAUAAAAACCUGACAUACUGUGUAUUAGUAAGGUGUUGGGCCAUCAUGAGCCACUGGAACAAUCUCCACACUAUUGGGUAUCAAUUCUCUAGGUCUCUUCUACAAGCUGUAUCGAACCGAUGAACGCCGUUCAUGUGAUCAAUCUGCUUUGACACUUUUUCCUCUAAAAGGGGAGAUGGCUGGAGACUCUGGAGACAGAUUUUCCUAUAUUUUGUCACCCGUCUGUACGUUUGACUAAAAGAGAGAAAGAAGGAAAGUAUGAAACAGUGAGUUUGAAACUAUCCUGAAAAAUCACAGUCAUUUCACUGGUCCUGCGACUCCUUGGAUUCUGUUUCUCUGUUCGCCUGUCACACUUCCUGUCCGCCAGCCUGUGCCUGCUCUUUAAGCUUUAGAUUCUCUCUUUUCAUGCAUAUUACUUGGGUCAUGUGAUGGGAGCUGGACUGCAAUGCAAAGUUAUAACAAAUUCAUGUUGGUGCCAUCUGUGCCAACUUGGUGCUGCAGCUCUUGCUCAGUGGUCCCACAGUGGUCUGAGGGUUCUGUUGAAGACACACACACACACACACACACACACACACACAGGCCAGUACUGUGAACUUUAUCUCGUGCUUCUUUUGUUAGAAGCUGAUGUGUGAUGCAUAUUUAUCUCAUCAAAACCACACGUGGUAUGAUCAGAAAGUCAAAAGUCAUCAUUUCUUUUUUAUAACUAUCCCUGCCGUGAGUAGCCAUGUUCACAUGACAUCACUCGCUGAACUCAGGGGUCGACUUUUUACGAGUGGGAAUUCUGUUAUCCCUAGCUGAAGGUCCAGGUGGGUAAAUGGAGCAAUAAAUAAAAUCCGGAUAGGUGUGCAUGUUUAAAUGCAUCUAAGACACUAUUAAAAACAGAUUGCAAUCCAAUCAUUAUUUCAGGAAGUCUAAGACAUCACAUUUAGCCUCAUUUACCGACCGACUCCUUAUAAUUACACACGUGUAAAUGUUUUUCGAUCUGUUCCAGUGAACCGACUUAACAUUUGCAGCACAGGAAGCUGGUGACGCCAGGAGAUUGUGAAUAGUAUAGCUGACACAGCAACUGGCUAAUGGAUGAAACAUCAGUGUGUGUGUGUGUGUGUGUGUGUGUGUGUGUGUGUGUGUGUGUGAGUUUAAAAGUCUUCUGCAAUUCUGAUAAGUAUUAUGAUAUCUAUUGUGGAUCUAAUAUUUAUUUUAGCCUUUUCACUCACCUCUAAUGAUCUGAACACUGGCAGAUUUGAUCGCUUUCUUUCCUCCUCUCUUUCACUCGCUGUCCCAAAAGAGCAAAACUAAAAUGUACGAAACAAUCAAGCACAUCGUCCUGCUGUGGACUAACCGGUACGUUUGUGUGUGUGUUCGGUCACGUGAUCUCGAUUGGGUGGAAAAAUGAACUUUUCAGAACAGCAGCAGGUUUUUUGUCUUGUUUAUUGUUUUCUUUUUUUUUCUUUUUUUUAUUGGCUGCUUAAUUUCACAUUUUGUAUUUUAUGCAUUGAAUUAAUGGAGAAUUUGUUGGAGACGGUAAUGUUUAAGUGCCUGUUAUACGAGGGAUAUUUUGUACUACGAAAGAUUUACAUGUCAUGCACAUAUUUUAGCAAUUAUUCUUCUACCUUUUGUGUAAUAACAUCUUUCCACCACAAGUGUGUGUUUAGAUCGUCAAAAGAAAAAGAAAAAAAAAAACAGCAGAGGAACUGUGUAUUGUUUUUGCAUUGUCUUUAUUCUCCUGAGGUAACAUGGUGUCCAUGGUGUAUCAAAUGUAAGAACAGUGCAAUUGCUAUUUUUUUUUCCUUAUACAUACUGUAUGAAAUUGUACACAGCUUUCUCUGUACAUAUCAAAUUUAGACAGAAUAAAACAGAAGGCUGUUUCUUCCUCUUGUUUACAUUA